CCAGCCAACGCCAACGCCAACGCCAAAGUCCAAGCCAGCGCCGCCACGUCCCCCUCCCUCCCCAACUCCCCCUGACAUGGACACCAGCAAGCUCCGGGCUUUUGUGAAAUUAUGUCAACAAGACCCUGCCCGACUAUACAGCGAGGAGCUGCGCUUCCUGAGGGAGUGGGUGGAGAGCUUGGGUGGGAGGAUACCCCCCACUCCAAGAAAGAUCAGAUCAGAGGAAAGAUUCAAGGGAGGGGAGGCAGAAAGAAGGAAAUGGGAGGAAUCCAACAGAAGAGAAGACAUCGAAACUGAGGAAAGUGAUCUAGAACUUGAUAAUGAAGGAGUGAUUGAAGACUACAUGGACGGCCCUCAGGAAAUGGGAGAUGCAACUGCAGAGGUAACGGAUGAGAUGAUCGAUCAGUCCAACGAGAUGAAGGUGAAAGGCCUCGAUGCCCUACAUAAUGGUGAAUACCAGAAAGCCCUUGAACUAUUCACAGAGGCCAUCAAAUUGAAUCCUUGGUUGGCUAUUUUAUAUACCCUAAGGGCCAGUAUCUUUAUUGAAUUGCAGAAGCCAAAUGCUGCCAUCAGAGAUUGUAGCAAGGCAAUUGAGCUGAACCCCCAUUCAGCUGAACCUUACAAAUGGAGAGGAAAAGCACACAGACUUCUGGGCCACUGGGAGGAGGCAGGCCAGGAUCUGUCCUUGUCUUGUAAACUGAAAUUUGAUGAAGAUGCCAAUGCUGUGCUUAAGGAUAUUCAACCAAGGCUCCAGAGGAUUCAAGAACAUCGGCGAAAAAAAGAGCUCCGCCAGAAGAAAUGUGAGCAGAAACGUGAAGAGAGAAAGUACAGAGAAAGGAUGGAAAGAAUGAGGAAGGCUCGAGAGGAGUAUGAGAAAGCCAAAAAAGAGGAAGAAGAUAGGAGAAAGGCAGCUCACUUGGCCCCUUUCCAUUUUUUUCUUGGAGAACUUCCUAGAAUGAGAAGGAGAAUGCGUACUAUACCUGGGAAAUCAGUGCUCAAUGAAAUUCUUAGUGACCCAGAAAUCCUUGCCGCUAUGCAAGAUGCAGAAGUCAUGCAGGCAUUCCAGGAUGUGGCCCGGUAUCCAGAAACUAUGGGCAGGUAUAAGAACAACUCAAAGGUUAUGAAUUUCUUCAGCAAACUGUCAAACAAAUUUGGAGGGUAUGAGGACGACGUGACAGGUGAAGAUCUGGAGCCCGAUGAGAAAUUCGAUGAAAUUCCCAGUGAAGAUAGCUUUGAGGUUGUGGAUCCAUCUAAUGAGAAUGAUCGCUGGCUCCCAGGACAGCACUUUGACGAUUAUCUCAGCAACUAUGAACGAAGACGUUUGAGGAAAGGGAGGAGUCAGGUCUUGGAGGUUGUAUCUAGUGAAGAAGAAGUGCGCAACAGGCGGCUGCCCUUUUAUAAGGAUUUGGAAGAGCUCAGUGAUGAACAGUAAGGUGGGACGUGAGGCCUAACAACAAAUACUAAAGAAAAAACCCCCAAAACAAAAAAGAAACCAAACAACAAAAAAUAACCCCAGACUGGUGCCAUAUCACUCCUGUACAGUGGACUGCUGACAUACACCAAACGCAGAUCCUGCUGUCAGUAACUAUAUCAUAUGGCCCCCCCUCCUUUAAAUGAUAGUUCCUGCUCUUUCCUCCCAAGUUCCAUUGUGUAUUGCUCCUUACUUCACAAGCUAUUUAGGAGCUUUAUAAGCGUACUUUGCGUAAACAAUGGGAUUUAUAAAUAUAUAUUUAUUUCUUUUUGAACAAAAUGUGACUGAAAAAAU